AUGGACUUUCUAAAACCGGAAACUGUUCUUGAUUUGCAAAACAUUCGUGAUGAGCUUGUCCGUAUGGAGGACACCAUCAUCUUCAACUUUAUAGAGCGGGCGCAAUUCUUCACCAAUGGGUCAAUCUAUGAAAAGGACCAGUUUGAAAUUCCACAAUUCCACGGCUCGUUCUUGGACUGGAUGCUAUUGAACAUUGAGAAGACGCACUCUCAGGCUCGUCGAUACGAAUCCCCGGACCAGGUUCCUUUCUUCCCAAACGAAAUCCUGGAACCGCUGCUCCCAUCCAUUAACUACCCAAAGAUUUUGGCGUCGUUUGCGGAUGAAGUCAACAUCAACGACCUCAUUAAGGAGAACUACAUUGAGCACAUCAUCCCCAUGGUUAGCGCUCGUGACGGCGAACAACCGGAAAACCUGGGGUCGUGUGUAACCUGUGAUAUUGACAACCUCCAAGCUCUUUCAAGAAGAAUCCAUUUUGGUAAGUUUGUUGCCGAGGCCAAGUUCAUCAACGACCGUGAAAAAUACACCCAGAUGAUACUCAACAAGGACAUUGCAGGAAUAGAAGCUGCCAUUACCAAUUCCGCAGUGGAGGAGAAAAUCUUACAAAGGUUGAUUGAAAAGGGCCGUGCCUACGGAACAGAUCCAACCCUUAGAUGGAGCCAUGAAGAUGGAGACAACGUUCCAAGUAAAGUUAAAGUGGAACACUUGGCAAAGAUCUACAAAGACUGGGUUAUCCCAUUGACUAAAAAAGUCGAAGUGGACUACUUGUUGAGAAGAUUAGAAGAUGAAUGA